AUGUCAUUAGGCGUCGGUAAGGGGACUCUACUGAAGCAAGCGACGAUCGAUCACAGCCCGACCACUGCGAUACGGUCCCUCCAUCCCUCCUAUGCAGUAUAUUAUAAUUUAGAGCAGAAAGCUUAUGGCCAGAUGCUGCUUAUUUGCCAUUUUGUACUGGCAUUUACACUACUCUUGGGUUCGAUAGAAGUUCCGGACUGGAUGGAAGUGAUUCACCGUGGAGGCCGCUCAGAAAGCCAAGGGAUUAAGCCGUACCUCACUGUAGAGUUUGAAGGGGAAAAAAGAGGUCUGGUCCGCACAGCCUACAUCUUGCAGAUACUUCGUCGAAUGACAAACGCUAGUCCACGUAAGCUUUGCGUUCAGAAAACGGAAAACGAGGUGGCAAGACAGCAACGGUACGAAAUCAGCCAUCUAUUAAGCCAGUUAUUUGCUUCUAAAUACGUGGAUGGUUCCCUGGAAGUCGCACGGCUGUGCCUGUUGUGGAAGGAGUAUGACCAUCCCAGGAAAGAAACCCUUAUUGGCCGGCUUAUCGACCUCGGAAGCGCACAGAACUGGUUCCAGUCCCCAAACAGCCCGGAAUACCUAUACCCCGUGAUUGUGGGCGGAGGAGAAGAUGAAACUGGCGGCACAGAUGUGGCUUUGGCUGCUGAAAUGGGCUUCUUACGACUUCAAGGCAGCAAUAUACCGGACUGUUCCGCGGGGGAGGAAAUUGCUGUCCUGGCAAGACAUCACAAAACCCUGGCUGAGCAAAUAAUGCAAGUCGAGAUGAUGGGGCAAAAGGCCGACCAACUAGCGAAGUUUGUAGCACUGGCCAUCGAUCUACAGGCUACAACAAACAGCCCUCAUGUUGAAAGGCUGAUUAUGAACAUUGCGGGGUUUUCCAAAGAUCAAUAUCUCAUGUUGCAAGAGAUAGCGAUGGUCGUUGAUGCGGUGCCUUCUUUGUUGCUUCGUGACACCGAUCCCAUCAUAAACGAAGAGCGGCCGCUUAGAGCCAUUAUCCAUCGUCCAGAAAUUAGGGUUAUACUGGAUGAGAUUAGCGCGAAAGUCGAGCUUGUGGUUCAACUCACAAUUUCUUUCGUUUUGCAAUUUUCCGGGCUUGUGGCCCAAGGGAAAGUCCUCUGUUCGGCUUCAGGGCUCGGCAACAACGAGGUAGGCAACAAACUCAUGGAUACUCCAUUGGAGUUUAGUGACUACGUGCAGAACCUGAGAAGGAAGCUCCGCCUAAUACUGCUACUCCGCGACCGCAGAGCUGUAGGAACUGCUAAUUGA